AUGGCUGAUGCUGCCGCCAUAGACGCCGAGGCAAAGAAGCGAGCCAAGCGAGAACGCCUGGAAGCAUGGAGGCGCGAGCAAGCUAAGAAAAAGCGCCAGGUUUCGGGGGACGAUGAUGCAUCGUCCAAGAAGGCCAAGGUUAGUGAUACCCCUACGCCUCCAGCAGGAAAGUUUGCCACAACGCUAGGAUUUCAUACGCAAGGUAGCCCACGCCCACCAAGCGUAAAACCACGUGUGCGUCUUGAUGCACAAGAUGAAAGCGAUGAUGAAUUACUGCGGAAACCUCAUCGUCGAUUUACGCUGGACGCGUUUACAGAAUCGGAGGGUACCAAGGCCGACUCUAAGGAAGACCCACUUGAUGCGUAUAUGAAUCAACUAGAGGGGGAGGUACAGCGUGAAAGAAAUCACCACUCCGAGGUACUCACAGCCGAUGACGAGGAACCGGACCAUGCGACGGUUGCGAACGAAGAAGACGAGGUCGAUAUUGACUCGAUUCGUGCCGAAGAUAUUUUGGCGAUGGCGAAUCGCGGAUCCAAGAAAAAACAACUUCCCACCGUGGAUCAUGCAUCCAUUCGCUACGAACCAUUUCGCAAAGCGUUUUAUCACGCACCAGAGGACGUGGCAACUAUUAGCGAGGCUGAUGCCGAGCGUCUGCGCCUCGAACUCGAUGGCAUGUCGGUACGAGGCAAGCAUUGUCCUGCUCCAAUCAAGAAAUGGACGCAUUGUGGCCUCCCGGUGCAUUGCCUGGAUGUCAUUAAAAGGCUGGGAUACACGGCCCCCACGCCGAUCCAGAGUCAGGCGAUGCCUGCUAUCAUGAGCGGCCGAGACAUGAUCGGUGUAGCCAAGACAGGAUCCGGUAAGACGAUGGCUUUUCUACUUCCCAUGUUCCGACACGUAAAGGAUCAGCGUCCUGUCGAGCCAGGGGAAGGUCCCAUUGCCCUCAUUAUGACACCGACGCGAGAACUCGCCGUGCAAAUUUUCCGGGAUGCCCAGCCAUUUGCGCGUGCAUUUGGAUUGCGCGGGGCAUGUGUGUACGGCGGUACACCCAUUUCCGAGCAGAUUGCAGAGAUGAAAAAGACGGUUGAGUUUGUCGUGGCAACUCCGGGUCGUAUGAUCGAUUUACUCUCCGCCAAUAGCGGUCGUGUCACUAAUAUGCAACGCGUGACGUACCUUGUGUUGGACGAAGCUGACCGUAUGUUUGACCUUGGCUUUGAGCCGCAAGUUAUGAAGAUCCUCGGGCUGAUUCGACCUGACCGACAGACGGUUCUAUUUUCCGCCACCUUCCCGAAACCCAUGGAGAGCCUGGCUCGCAAGAUGCUACGUCAUGAACCGAUGGAAGUGAUUGUGGGCGGUCGAAGUGUUGUCGCCCCCGAAAUCCGGCAAGUCGUGGAAGUGCGCGAUGAAUCCACCAAGUUUCACCGUCUAUUGGUGAUUCUCGGCCAAUUGUAUCAUAAUGAUCAAGAUGCUCGAACCCUCAUUUUUGUAGAGCGCCAAGAUGCAGCGGAUGGACUAAUGCAUGAGCUCAUGAAGCGCGGAUACCCAGCCAUGUCACUGCACGGCGGCAAAGAUCAGGCGGACCGUGAUACAACGAUAUCUGACUUUAAAGCGGGUAUUGUGCCCAUUUUGACAGCGACUUCCGUGGCCGCGCGUGGAUUGGAUGUCAAGCAACUCAAGUUGGUCGUCAACUAUGAUGUACCGAAUCACCUAGAAGACUAUGUGCAUCGAGCUGGACGCACAGGACGCGCGGGGAACGAGGGCACAUGUGUGACCUUUAUUACACCGGACCAAGACCGAUAUGCAAAGGAUCUAGUGACUGCGCUACGUGCCAGCAAAGCCCCCGUGCCUCCUGAGCUGGAAACGCUGAGUAUGCAGUUCAAGGAAAAGCUUGCAGAGGGUAAGACUCAUGCAUCGAGCUCAGGAUUCGGUGGUCGUGGUCUCGAACGACUUGCUGAGAGUCGCGAACGUCUACUUCAGGCACAAGCCUCCAUCAUGAUCGAGGACGAAGAGGCAGAUCCUGAAGCUGCUGCAGCUCGUGCCGCAGAAGAGACCAAUCGACUGAAUAACACGGACAUUCAGGUGUGCACCGGCCCCAUCCCGGAGGCGGUGCGCGAGAAUAAGCAGCCGCUCCCUUCAGAAGCAGACCAUGCUGCCCAUCAAGCGCGUAUGGAAGCAGCACGCCUUGCGGGUGCCGACACAUCCAAGCUCCAGGGUGUGAUUGCACGCAUCAAUGCGACGGCAAGUCGUCGGCGCGAAGAGCUGGAGAACUCGCGCCGUGCUCGUGAUCCUGAUGCAACCAAGUUCCAUGCCAUUUUCCCCAUCAAUGACUUCCCGCAGAAGGCGCGUUGGAACGUUACGAACAAGGAGACCAUGGCCAUGCUGAUUGAAUCCACAGGUGCAUCCAUUACCAACAAAGGUGCCUUUUAUGAACGCGGUCGUGAACCACACCCUGGUGAUCCGCCCAAGUUAUCUCUACUGAUCGAAAGCAACGACAGUUUCCGCGUCGAGCAUGCUAUCAGAGAAAUCAAGCGCCACUUACUUGAAGGUACACAGGCAUACUUGGACGGAGAAUCACGCACGUCGUCCAUGGGCGGGCGGUACUCUGUGGUCUAA